AUGAGAAAGGGGCAGGGACGAGGGUCCGCAGCUGGUGCAAAGACGCAACAACGGGAUGGACCAGUAGGUGCGGAGCACCCUGCUGGUCCAGCAACGUCAAGAGAAUUUGUAGGCCUCUUGAUGAAGGUUGAUCCCAACACACAAACAUUGUGCGUUGCUGCUCUAGGUAAUGAGGUCUCACUCAUUACCUUGAAACUCGAAGUGACGAAUAAGUUGUUACUUCGAGCUCUAGUCGAUUGUGGGGCGUCCAACAAUUUUGUGCGACGCCAAUCGCUAGAAGAUGGUCACUUUGAGUUCAGUGAAUGUGACACACCUCCUACGAGGAUGACGGUACGUCUUGCGACAGGCGCAUCCGUAACCGUCAUGAAGCGUAUAGUGAAGAUCCACUAUACGAUAGAAGAUACCCAAUAUGACGAUGACUUUAUCGUAUUGGAUUUGGAUGACAAAUUUGAUGUCAUCCUUGGAAUACCGUGGCUCAGAAGGUACGAACCACGGGUAAACUGGCAACAUCGGACAGUAACGAUGCCUGCCGCUUGUUCAUCAGAUGGCCAUCUGAUGAACGUUUUGGAGCGUCCACAAGCGUGUGGGUGUACUACGAGUGAGUGCGAUGGCCUCACUUGUGGUACGGUCGUUAGUACGACUGCACAAAACCUUAGUGUACCAAACGGUUACACUUCGGAGCAAAGUUCCGGCGGCUGUGAGGAAACACAGGCUGCGCCGAAGGUCCACCACUCGAAUAAGUCGGGUGGACUGGGACAAAGAUGUAUCCCUAGCGGGGAACAUCUAGAAGAGAAACAAUCGAUCGCUCAGGUUAAGCGAAACGAUAAUCCUAGAUCGACUGGAGAGUCUUUCGUAGAGGAUCUCGCUGUGGUUGCGCAACCCCAGCUAGAGGAAGUAAAGGGAAUAAGUCCCAAGAUUACAAAUACGGCGGAAAUAAGUUCCCCGAAACCCGCGGGAAUAAGUCCCCGGGAAGCCGAAGGAAUAAGUCCUUCGAAGCCUGAGGGAAUAAGUCCCCAGGAAAUGACAGAGACAUUGAAUGUCAUAGUCAAUGACGGAUCAAGUGUAGGCGCUUAUACACUUGAUCUGAUUGCGCCUCCGAAGUUGACUUCGGAGAUCAAUCAGUUGCCAACGCUCGAACAUAAAAGGUUCUUGCGUGAUCUGCGUAGUGGCAAAGUCAAGAAGAUCUGCGUACUCGUCGCUGACGACGAGUGUGUAACCGACAUAAGGUCAGCAACAGUGUUCACUGAGAACGAGAGAGUUCUCAGUAGUUCAUCUAUGGACGAGAGUGUCCUAGAUGAAAAGACACGAGUUGAGCGAUAUGACUCCCAAUCGUGGGAAUCGCUCAAGACAAAUCCUCUCUAUGAAGAUUUGGUUGAAUUCGAGGAUGUAUUCCCUGAAACUGUUCCGUGCGAAUUACCGAAGGAUAAAGGUAUUCGACACGAGGUCGAGCUUAAACCAGGAUCGAAGUACUGUGUCAUGAAGCAGUGGCCACUGCCUCGUGAACAAGUACUUGCGAUCGACAAGUUCUUUGCCGAUCGUUUAGCUGCGGGCCAUAUGAGGGAAUCAACUUCCCCACAUAGCUCUCCGACCUUCUGUGUGCGAAAAGCAACAGGAGGGUGGCGGAUAGUGCAUGCAUUUAACAAGUUGAAUGCUGCAACGGUACCGGCUCAGACGCCGAUACCGAGGAAGGACGUAAUCAUUGAUGGUAUGUCAAAGAGUACCAUCUUUUCGUCCAUGGAUUUGAUGAAUGGCUUCUAUCGAAUCCUUAUGCGAGAAUGGGAUAUACCCUAUACCGCAGUUAGCACACCUAGCGGCAUGCUCUGGGAAUGGCUAGUAAUGCCACAAGGGUUAGUAAUGCCCAUGCCACGUUCAACAGAUGUGAUACACAUCUGUUGA